GUAGGAGGUUGUGGUGUUUGUUGUUGUUGGUGGUGGUGGUUCUCGGUUCCUCCUGAGUCAGUGUGUGGUGUGGAGUCUUGUGGAGUGGUCUGAUCUGGUCAGGAGAUGGACAGGAUGGCCUCCUCCACCUGCGAGAAACCUUCUGGCUCUAAAAAGAAAUCCGAAAAGAAAAGUGCAUCUAAGGAGGAAUAUAGAUUUCUGUCUAAUAUAAUGGGAAUGAUGAAUAAUUUGAGGAAACAGGGAAUCCUGUGUGAUGUUAUCCUGGUGGUUCAGGGGAAACACAUCCUGGCACACAGAGUGGUCCUGGCUGCUGCGAGCCACUUCUUCAACCUCAUGUUUACCACCAACAUGAUGGAGGCCACAAACCAUGAGGUGGAGCUCGGAGGUGCAGAGCCUGAGAUCAUUGAGCUGCUUGUGGAAUUUAUCUACACAGCCCGCAUCUCUGUUAACAGCAACAACGUCCAGUCUCUACUGAAUGCAGCUAACCAGUACCAAGUAGAGCCAGUAAAGAAAAUGUGUGUGGAUUUUCUGAAAGAUCAAGUGGACGCGACUAACUGCCUUGGUAUCAGCGCAUUGGCAGAGUGUCUGCACUGUCCCGAGCUGAAGACUGCAGCAGACGAGUUCAUCUACCAGCACUUCACAGACGUGUACAAACUGGACGAGUUCCUGCAGCUGGAUGUGAAGCAGGUCACACAUCUGCUUCACCAGGACACGCUGACCGUCAGAGCUGAAGACCAGAUCUACGACGCUGCCGUGCGGUGGUUAAAGUAUGACGUGUUGAAUCGGCAGAAGUACAUCGUGGACAUACUGAGCAAAGUGCGCUUCCCGCUCGUGUCCAAAAACUUCCUGAGUAAGACGGUCCAGGCCGAGCCUCUCAUCCAGGACAAUCCCGAGUGCCUCAAAAUGGUUAUCUGUGGAAUGCGGUACCAUCUUCUCUCACCUGAGGACAGAGAGGAACUGGGUGAAAGCAGUCGUCCACGGCGCAAGAAACACGAUUUCCGCAUCGCACUGUUCGGCGGCUCGCAGCCACUGUCCUGCCGCUACUUCAACCCCAAGGACUACAGCUGGACCGAUAUCCGCUGCCCGUUUGAGAAACGGCGUGAUGCUGCGGCUGUUUUCUGGGACAACGUAGUCUACAUCCUGGGAGGAUCACAGCUUUUCCCUAUUAAAAGAAUGGACUGUUAUAACGUGGUAAAGGACAGCUGGUAUUCCAAACUCGGUCCCCCGAACCCUAGGGACAGUCUGGCAGCCUGCGCAUCCAAGGGCAAGAUCUACACCUCAGGUGGCUCCGAAGUGGGAAGCUCUGCACUCAACCUGUUUGAGUGCUACGACACUCGGACGGAGACGUGGCAGAACAAACCCAGCAUGCUCCAACAUCGCUGCAGCCACGGCUCAGUGGAAGCCAAUGGUUUGAUCUACGUAUGCGGAGGGAGUCUGGGGAACAACGUAUCGGGCCGAGUACUCAACAACUGCGAAGUGUAUGACCCCAUCACUGAAGAAUGGAGAGUGCUUUGUGGCAUGAGGGAGGCCAGGAAGAACCACGGUCUGGUGGUGGUCAACUCGAGGAUCUACGCUGUGGGCGGACAGAACGGCCUCGGGGGGCUGGACUCAGUGGAGUAUUAUGAAAUAUUCAGUAACGAGUGGAAAAUGGCGUCGCCGAUGCCGUGGAGAGGCGUAACGGUGAAGUGCGCGGCCGUGGGCUCGGUCAUCUACGUGCUGGCCGGAUUUCAGGGAGUGGGCCGACUGGGUCAUAUCAUGGAGUACUACACGGACGCGGACAAAUGGGCCAUGUCGAGUAAAGAGCGAGCCUUCCCCGUCACCAGCUGCCUCAUCUGCGUGGUAGACACCUGCGGAGCCAACGAGGAGGAAAUGAGCUUCCACGAACCAUCAUCGUCAUCAUCAUCCGCGUCCACUUCAACAUCCUCGGCUCCUACAGCACAUGGACCAUGCUGAGAUUGAAUCUGGACUAGAGCUCUGUGUAUUUGUUGUACAAACGUUUUUAUUUGUCAGGUGGUGUUUUUUUAAUGAAUAACCGAGGAGGUAUUUGUGUAGUGGCUUCUCCUUGAGAUGUUUUUCCUUUUAGUUUUGUGUUUCUAUUUUUUUUUUUUUGCUUGUUUUUAGCAACAUGCUGUUUGUUGUUGUUGUUGUUUUUAUUAGCAUACAGUAUGUGGCAAAAACAAGUCCUGAGGGGAAAACCACCACCCUAAGUUUUAUUAUACUGUUAAUUGUAUGUUACAUUUUUUUAAACGAUAUUUCUCCAAGAACAAAAAAAAACUAAGAAAAGGAAACAAGCAAUAGAGUCACAUAAAAAUGUGAUAAAAGAGGCUGUAGAAUAGUUUUAACGGUAAACAGAGGUCAAACUAAAUAUGUUUUGUUUUGUUUUAACUGUUCACUGCGUUUCGUAGUCAGUAUGGUACAUCAGGAUUCAUUUUAUUUCAUUAUUUUUUGGGGGUUUUUUUACAUACUUUCUUUCUAUUACCGUAUUUCUGGACUUUUGCGUAAUCCUGCACGUUAAAAGAGAGGACGCGAUCAUUAUCUUUUUUUCUGGUGUAUGAAUAUAUAGUACAGGCCCAUUUAUUAGGAAAACUGAUGAAAAACUUUGUACAUUUAAUAAAAUUAAUGCAAUUUUGCUCAUA